AUGUCUAUACACCUAAUUGCAAAGGCAGUGGAUAACUUUGCGCCAUUAAGAAAAGCCAAGACAAGUUGGGACAAUGUUGGUGUUCUUAUAGAUUGUGGAAGCGAGGAUACAAGAGUUCUCUUGACAAUUGACCUUACAGAGCCUGUGUUGAAUGAAUGCAUUGAAAUGGGAAUCAAGAACAUAUUGGCAUACCAUCCUAUAAUAUUUACGCCAUUGAAGAAGCUGGAUUUGAAGGAAAGGAUUGUUGUUGAGUGUAUUAAAAAUAACAUUAAUGUGUUUUGUCCGCAUUCGGCAUUGGAUAGAAUGAUGAAUGAAUAUGUCUACAGGAUGAUGAACUAUGGUGCUUUCUAUCACAAGAAAAACCAUGGACCAAAUACAUCAUCAAUAGAAAACGCAAUCCAAGUUCUCAAAGAGAAGAGCAGAUUACAAAACCUUAGAGUGUGCAUGGCAAGAGCGCAUACGAUGAACACAGUACCAGAGACUAUGUAUGUUGGUGUUGGUGCAACAUUCAGGCACACAGUGAUCAAGAAAUCGAUUAUUAUCACCGGAGAGAUGUCGCACCAUGACCUUCUUGCAUGCAUUGCAAACGAGACAAGUGUCAUACUUAUGGAGCAUAGCAACAGUGAAAGAAUAUGCCUGGAGUACAUUAGCACAAAGCUAAAAGCGGAGCUUCCAGAAUAUGAAGUGUACAUUUCAAAGAAGGACAUGGAUCCGGUGACAAUCAUGUGA